AUGGAAAUUCCACUGAGACAAAAGAUGGGAGACUACUGCAGGAGGAAUCAUGUUGGAAAGAUUAAUUUUGGAUUUCAACUUGCUAAACCUGUUACUUUUGAUCUUAAGAAUUAUGUGUUUUUAGGUUUGAGAGAUAACUUGUUCGACAGAGAAGUUAUCAGAGAUCCGUGGAAGCGUCUAGCUUGCUUCUAUGAGACAUGUUCGAUGUACAAACCAGAUGGAGUAACUGAUGAUCAGGAGCUGGAAGAUAGAUUUAUGGAAAGAUUUUUCACAAACACCAAGUUUGUGGAAAGAAAGGCCGAGAUUUCAAACUUUGAACAAGGUGAUAUUGAAUCCUUAUAUGAUAUGUGGGAAAUAUUUAAGCUAUUACUCAAAAGAUAUAUGAAUCAAAACAUGAGUAGUAUGAAACGGAUGCAACAUUUCACUAGAGUUCUAAAAGCUCAAGCAAGAAUUAUCUUGGAUGCCUCAGUUGGAGGUACCAUCAAAACUAAUAUUGAAGAUGAAGUGAAAGAGUUGAUAAAGAAAAUAUGUCAGAAUGAAUAUCUUUCACAAAGUGAAAAAGGAGUCAAACCAAAGGGAGUACUCGAUCUGGAUGCCAAUAUUGCAAUGUUAGCUCAAUUAGAGGUGAUUGCUAAACAGUUAGCUAAAGCCACAAUUAUUCCAGCCAAUGUUAGUCAAGUUCAGAUACUACAAUGUAAUUUCUGUGGACAAGGGCAUGCUUAUGGAAAUUGUGUAACAGAGGGAUUAGUAAAUAAGCUAAAUUUAUAA